AUGCAGUUCCUCAUUGCUCUUUCUUCCAUCGUGGCCCUUGUUGCUGCUGCCCCUGCUGCCACCAAUGCCAACGCCCAGGACGCUGUCAACACCUACCACUCUACUGCCGCCGCCAACGGAUGCAACUGGCUUGGCUGCGUUUCCUCUCUCGCCGGUGAAUCCGCUGCUUGCGCUGCCGCCGCCGCCGAACUCGGUGCUAACCCUAUCGCCGAUGUUGCUUGCAUUGCCUCUGUUGGCUCCGCUGGAUCUGUCUGCAAGGGCUGCUAA